AUGCUGUCCUUAUUGAUGUACUUGGUUUUAUGCGCUGUUUCAGACACAGCAUUUGGAGAACGAGAACUUAAAUUGGUCACUGUGCUUUAUCGUCACGGCGACCGGUCUGCACUCAGGGCAUACCCUAAAGAUCCCUAUAAGGAGACUGCUUGGCCCCAGGGCUUUGGACAGCUCUCUCUGGAGGGGAUGAGGCAGCACUUUGAGUUGGGAAAGAUGUUGCGGAAACGUUACAGAGGAUAUCUCAGUGAAACCUACAACCACAAUGAGAUUUUUGUGCGAAGCUCAGAUCGGGACCGUACCUUGAUGAGUGCUCAAGUGAACCUGGCCGGCCUUUAUCCUCCUGACCAAUCACAUGCCUUCGACCCGACUAUAAAGUGGCAACCAAUCCCUGUCCACACUGUCCCCAGCAAAAAUGAGAUGCUGUUGGUAUUCCCUCUGCAUGACUGCCCCCGUUACACAGCUCUUAUGAAUGAGACCAUGGACACAGACAUAUACCACAACAUGACAGAGACAUAUAAAACGUUUCUGGAGAUGGUGGCGAAUGAGACAGGUCUGGGGAAUGUCACUGUUAGAACAGUGUGGAAAGUCCAGGACACUCUCUUCUGUGAGUUGAAGCACAAUAUGACCCUGCCUAAGUGGGUGACCUCUGAGGUGAUGGAGAAACUGGGGAUACUGAGUGACUUUUCCCUUCGAAUUCUGUUUGGAGUUUACAAGAGGGAACAGAAGUGUCGGCUGCAGGGAGGUCUCCUGCUGGAUCAGAUUUUGAAAAACAUGUCAGCAGUUGCUAAGCUGGAUUCUAAAGAGCAGCUGAGGAUGAUUGUGUAUUCCGCGCAUGACACUACCGUAGCUGCCCUGCAGGAGGCGCUCAAUGUCUUUAACGGAUUACAGCCCCCGUACGCAUCCUGCCAUAUAUUUGAGCUUUUCAAGGAGGAGAAUGGGUCCUUCUCAGUGGCCAUGUUCUACCGCAACGAUAGCAGGAAAGACCCCUACCAGCUAACCCUUCCUGGCUGUGAUCUCUACUGCCCCCUGCAGGAUUUUAUCACACUCACCAAGUCAGUCAUUCCAGUGGACUGGGAGAAAGAAUGCCAGCUGGACAUCAAUGUAAAGGAAAAAGAUGUGAUUAUUGGUCUGGCUGUAUGGAGCUCAUUCCUCUUACUCGUCGUUGUUUUUCUCUCCAUGUUGCUAUGCCGACAGCGAGACCCUGCCAACUGCUGUAGUCGUAACAUGAACUAGGCAGAUUAUCAUUCCUGCUGUUUCUUUCCAAACAGAAAAGGUGUAGGGUUGGGUAUCGUCCAGCAAUCAUCCAUCGUCCAUCAGUUUAUUUUCGGAGCGACUGGUUUGAUUCUUCUGGAUCCAAAUUACUUUGCGCGUUUUGAGGCCUUAUUUUG